AUGGCUGCGCCGCUGCCCGCCGGGGCGCUCCCUCCGCCUCCUGCUCCUUCUCUUCCUCGGGGUCUGUGUGUCUGUCUGUCUCGCACAACAGCCCGCCGGAGGGGAGCGGGGCGGCGAGCGGGGCUGAGGCGGGAGGGUCCCCCCUGCCUUCUCCUCCUCGCCGCCGCCGAGUUACACGGACAUCGAGAGAGACGACAAGGGGCGGCCGCCGCCCCGCCGCAACUUCGGCGUCCCGGGGCAGGAUCCAGGCUCCAGCCACCGCCCCGCGCCGGUGGCGCCUCCCCCGCGCCGCCGGGACCCUCCCGCUGGGCAGGGCCGCGGGGGGCUUCGCUCCCUCCCGCCCGCCCGCCCGCCCCUCCGAGCUCAGCGCCGGCCGCCGCGGCUCCGCGGUCGCUCCUUCUCCUUCUUCCUCCUCCCCCUGCGCCGGGAGGAGGGGAUCGGCAGCACGCCUGCCUUCCCUUCCUCGCCUUCCCUUCCGCGGGGAGUGGCGGGGCGGGGGUCUGGCCCCGAGGCCGGGGCCGUGGCCCGGGGCUGCGUCCGUUUCCCUGCCGGCCAGUGAGGGAAGGCUUUGCCCUGGAAUUCACGGCGCCGCGUCCCCCCCUCCGCCUCCCCGAGCCCCCUUUCCCCCCGGCGCCGAGCGGCGGUGCCGCCCCAGCCGGCCCCGCCUGCCCCCGCCCGGCGCCGCCCCGAGGGCCGCGGCUCCCCCCGAAACUCCGCCGGAGCCUUUUCAAACAACAAGGGCUUGGAAGCAGGGCGGCGGGGAGGCAGGCAGGGACGGCCGGCCGGCGCUUCCAGAGGGAUCCUGGGAGCUGUAGGCGGCGGCCGAUUACUAAAUGGCAGGUUCUGGAAUGGGAUCGCUGCUGUGUUGUCUAGCCCCAGUGAUCUUCCACUGCAGAGAAAUAGUCCCCCUAGUGUGCCUUGGCUGAAGGGAG